GCAGUCGGGCCCGCUACUCGUCAGCUGGGAGCGCCGUGGAGCCGGGUGUUCUGUACGAGCCCGGCGGGGCCGCAGGCUCCGCCCUGCUCCGCCGCGCCCCGCCCGGGCUUGGGUAAAGGCCGCGGCCGGGCCAUGCCGUGCCUCCUUCAGCGAGGGCAGGAGGGCGUAAGGAGCGGCUGGGCCGCCAGAGAGCGAAAUGUCAUCAGUGCAAUCACAACAGGAGCAGUUGUCCCAGUCAGAUCCAUCCCCAUCACCAAACUCAUGUAGUUCCUUUGAGCUAAUAGACAUGGAUGCUGGCAGCUUGUAUGAACCAGUUUCUCCCCAUUGGUUUUAUUGUAAGAUAAUAGAUUCUAAGGAGACAUGGAUUCCUUUCAACUCUGAGGAUUCACAGCAGCUAGAAGAGGCGUAUAGCUCUGGAAAAGAUUGUAAUGGGAGAAUUGUUCCUACUGAUGGGGGCAGAUAUGAUGUUCAUUUAGGGGAGAGGAUGCGGUAUGCCGUAUACUGGGAUGAACUGGCGUCGGAAGUGAGACGAUGUACAUGGUUUUACAAGGGGGACAAAGACAAUAAGUAUGUUCCCUACUCGGAGAGCUUCAGCCAAGUUUUAGAGGAAACUUACAUGCUUGCUGUAACUUUGGAUGAAUGGAAAAAGAAACUGGAAUCUCCCAACAGAGAAAUUAUUAUUUUACACAAUCCAAAGCUUAUGGUGCAUUACCAGCCAGUUGCAGGGUCUGAUGAAUGGGGUUCAACGCCCACAGAGCAGGGUCGACCAAGAACUGUGAAGAGAGGAGUUGAGAACAUCUCUGUUGACAUUCAUUGUGGAGAACCUUUACAAAUAGAUCACUUGGUUUUUGUAGUCCAUGGAAUUGGACCAGCUUGUGAUCUCCGUUUCCGAAGCAUUGUACAGUGUGUUAAUGAUUUUCGCAGUGUUUCCUUGAACUUGCUACAGACACAUUUUAAGAAAGCCCAAGAAAAUCAGCAGAUUGGGAGGGUAGAAUUUCUUCCAGUCAACUGGCACAGUCCUUUGCAUUCUACUGGUGUGGAUAUAGAUCUGCAGCGAAUAACCCUGCCCAGCAUUAACCGCCUCAGGCACUUCACCAAUGACACAAUUCUGGAUGUCUUCUUCUACAAUAGCCCCACCUACUGUCAGACUAUUGUGGACACGGUUGCUUCUGAAAUGAACCGAAUAUAUACACUUUUUCUGCAGAGGAACCCUGAUUUCAAAGGGGGUGUAUCCAUUGCUGGUCAUAGUUUAGGUUCGCUUAUAUUGUUUGAUAUCCUAACAAAUCAGAAAGAUUCUUUGGGGGAUAUUGACAGUGAAAAGGAUUCGCUAAGUAUUGUAAUGGAUCAAGGAGAUACACCGUCACUAGAGGAAGAUUUGAAGAAACUUCAUCUCUCUGAAUUCUUUGAUAUCUUUAAGAAGGAGAAAGUAGAUAAGGAAGCUCUGGCUUUAUGUACAGACAGAGAUCUUCAGGAAAUGGGAAUUCCUUUAGGACCAAGAAAGAAGAUAUUAAACUAUUUCAGCACCAGAAAAAACUCAAUGGGUAUUAAUAGACCAAUGCCGCAGUCUGCUUCAGGGCCAAACAUCGCCAAAGAAUCUGAGUUCUGCAGUAGGAGUAAUACUAGAAAUGAUGACUAUCUGGAUGUUGGCAUUGGGCAGGUGUCUGUGAAAUACCCCCGGCUCAUCUAUAAACCAGAAAUAUUCUUUGCCUUUGGAUCUCCCAUUGGAAUGUUCCUUACUGUCCGAGGACUAAAAAGAAUUGAUCCCAACUACAGAUUUCCAACGUGCAAAGGUUUCUUCAAUAUUUAUCACCCUUUUGAUCCUGUGGCCUAUAGGAUUGAACCAAUGGUAGUCCCAGGAGUGGAAUUUGAGCCAAUGCUGAUCCCACAUCAUAAAGGCAGGAAGCGGAUGCACUUAGAACUGAGAGAGGGCUUGACCAGGAUGAGUAUGGACCUUAAGAACAACUUGCUAGGUUCGCUGCGGAUGGCCUGGAAGUCUUUUACCAGAGCUCCAUACCCUGCUUUACAAGCUUCAGAAACGGCAGAAGAAACGGAAGCAGAACCUGAAUCAACUUCAGAGAAGCCUAGUGAUGUUAACACAGAAGAGACCUCUGUGGCAGUUAAAGAAGAAGUCCUGCCUAUCAAUGUGGGGAUGCUGAAUGGAGGCCAACGCAUUGACUAUGUGCUGCAGGAGAAGCCUAUUGAAAGUUUUAAUGAGUAUUUAUUUGCUUUACAAAGCCAUCUGUGCUACUGGGAGUCUGAAGAUACAGUAUUGCUGGUCCUCAAAGAGAUCUACCAAACCCAGGGUAUCUUCCUUGAUCAGCCUUUACAGUAAAAGUCACCCAUCUAUGGCUGCUUAAUUUGUGAUUGCAGCUCUUCUCCCACUCUCUUCUUUAGAUGGACGUUGAGGGAUCCUUCCCCAGAAAAUCCACCUGUUUGUUGCUGCAAUUUUCCUCUCCUCAGCUGCGUCAUUUCCUGCAUGUUGCCUGCCACUUACUCACCACUGGGGUCUUUGGAAGAUAAUCCUUCUUUGGAAAUGAAUGGAAAAGCAAAAGGAAUACCCUGUUACUUUUAACCACUGGCUUCAUAUAAACACUUGCCAUCUUUUCUUCAUAGCUGGGGGUGGUUUGUAUCUUUAAUUCUUUGAUGAUAGUUUAUUAGGUGCCACACUUUAUUGAUUAGUACUUGGUGUAAAGCCUAUUUUGGGUUUGAUUUGUUUUGAUUGAAGUAGACAUGUUUUUAAGGAAUCUAUUGCUUAUCUUUAGAAAAUGUUCUAGUUUGGAAACAGAUUAUUGAGAUUUAGAAGGCAUUUUAGAGUACUCUCAUCUCUUGUUUGUGUUGAACUGAAGGCUAAGUCUCAGUGGGUAUGGAAAAGGCUUUCGAGUGAUUUAUUUUUGAACCAGCAUUUCUAUCCUAUGUGUACCGUAUGAAGAAGGACUAGGGAUGUAGCUUAAAAAAGUUGUUUACUCUCUUAGAACUGAC